GAGUGACAGAGCGUCGCGUCGCUUGUGUGUGAGAUCAGAAGAUGAGGAGACGCUGAGGAGAGUUUCGGCUCGCGUCUCAUCUGAUACCGCACACAAACUCACUUCAUAAACCGGAAAACUUUCUGCGUUCGGGCUUUUUAUGAUUCAUUUAUCAGCUGGAUUUGAUCUUCAGCCGAUGACUGGCGUGUUUUCCGGCUCACGGAGAGUGUCGCGGAUGAAGCGUGAGGCAGGUGCGUUUAUCAGCUCCAUCAGAACAUGAACUUCAGUCCCGUCACACCGAGCCGCUGGAGGCAUCCGUGGAGAUUCAACCCGCUGAUGGAUUCAUGAUCGCGGGAAUAUCACUGGAUCGAUGGAUUCCGCUGCGAUCAGAUGGUUUUAAAGCUUCAGUUCGAUCCCUGAAGUCUUCAGCGACCCGUAGAGCUCAAACUGCACCAUGCUGGCGUGUCUGCAGAGACAGAACCGACCGGCCCGACACCAGCACCUACACCUCACGUGUGCCACGAAGAUCCCGGACGCGCCUCUCAAUCACAAGAGUGAGGUGAUCUCCUCGCGCUGUGCUCGCUACCCGUCCGCAGCCGAACUGGACUCCUUUGCGCAAAGAACAGCCAACAGCCCCCUUUCAAUCAAGAUCUUCCCCUCCAACAUCAGGGUCCCGCAGCACAAGCAAAUCAGCAGGACCGUCAACGGCCUGGACACCGGCGGCCAGGGCUUGGGCCCGUACUCGCACCCCUACACCGGCGCCUACCAAGGCUUGCUGGCGAUCGUCAAGACUUCCUCCAAAGGUGUGUUGAAGAGCGCCGAUGGAAAACGAGCUAAACUUUCCCCUAUCCAGAUGGCGGUGGCUCCGUACGCGCCUCCCAGCAGACACCGGCAGAAGCCGUAUGGCGUUGUGUCCCACGGCGUCGUCCAUCACAUGAGCCGUCCGUCCAACGUCCAAUCCAGUCCUUCAUUUUUGGCCGCGUCUUGCGCCGACUCGAGUUUCGCCCAGAGCUCUCUGGCAUAUUCCGGAGCUGUUCUGCCUGCUCAAAGCGCAGACGCGGCCGGUUCGGAUUUCUGGGCGCAGCGGCAUUAUCCACACUUGUACGGAGCCGGGAGCGGGAGCGGAGCCGUCGUCAGCCGCUCGCCCGAGGUGUCCUACAGAUCCCACCCUCCCAGUCUAACCAUUCUAGACAAGGUCCCAUCAUCCCCUGCCAUGCAUAGAGACUUCUCAGUCAGCCAGUUCUUUGCUCCCGCUUGGAAUAGUGUGCUCGCCACACCGGAUAGCGACUGUUAUAACCUUCAGGAGCCGCUUGCCGGCUCCACCACGGCCCCGCGCCUCCAUCCGAACACCCUGUGGCCGCAGGGGAAGAGCUUGUGCCAGGCGUCGGUCCUCAGCAGCAGCUUGCAGUCUCUGGAGUGCCUCAUCAGCGAGAUCCAGCCGCCCUGCAUCAAGGAGCGCAUGCUGGGACGAGGACACGAGCCGCACCUUCAGCUGCCGGUGUUGAGAUAGGACACAGGCUGAGCUGAAAGCGCUGGGAGCUAGGGUUGUGUGGGUCACAGGUUUAAAGGGUAAUGGUAAUCCACACUGACCUGAAGGAACACUGGAUCCUUUCCAAUCAUUAAUGGGUACUGUGUUCAUCAAGCUAGCGUCUGUGUGUGGGUUACAGACAGAUUCAAGAGAUCUAGAGCUUUUCUAAAGCCUCUGGAAGAGUAUUUCCUAUCAUACACUGCUGUUCAAAAGUUUGGGGUUGUAAUGUUUCUGAAAGAAGUCUCCUUUGCUCACCGUGGGUGUUUAUAUAUCAGAAAUACAGUAAAAAUGUGAAAUAUUUUUAUGAUUUAAAACAGCUGUUUUCUAUGUGAAUCUCUGUUAAAGUGUAAUUUAUUUCUGUGAUGUGCAGCUGUAUUUUCAGCAUCAUUA